AUGUCGUCGUCAACGCCGGUGGAACUCUUCAAACCACCGGAUCAGUCCCAAAAGUUGCAUAAUCCUCAAUUGAUCCAAACCCAUCAAGUAUUAUCCCCUAAUUCAAAUCAUAUUUCUUCGAAUCUGCAGGAAGAGAACGAUAUAGCAAUUUCGAAUGAAGAUUUGAACUGUGCACAAAAAUGCAUUUCUUUACAAGAAUCCGUAUUUCAACGCCAAAAGGAGCGCUUCAACGAGCUUAGCACUCUCUCUCUGUACAAUACUCUCCCUUCUCUCUAUACUCAAACGGCGACAGCAUAUAGAGCUGCCGGAAUGGCCCUCCGCAGACCACCGGAAUCAGUCCAAGAGGAGCGUCUCUCACCCAGGAACAAGACCCAACUGGAAUCAACACCUAGCUUCUGCUACAACACUGCGACCCCUGUAGAGAUUUCGAAGGAACAACUAGCUUGGGCACAAAAAAUCAUCUCCUGGUCACAAAAUAGAAGCAAUGGUGAAACUCAGGGUAAAGACGCGGAGUCUGAUUCUAAACAAUUAGAUACACAACAAAUCUCAAACGAUUUCACACUCCCAAUCGGAAAAUCUGGGGAUACCCAAGGUGACUCGGAUACUGAGAGUGGUUCCUCUAAUAAAGAGUUCUCUAACUCAGAUGAGAACUUCUUGAAUUUGAAGAGAUUCGACACAGUUACACAAAAUGUGGAGGACUCGGCGAGCGUAUCAACUGGUGUUGGAAAUGCCUCACAGGAAAGGAUCUCGAAACAGUCGAAUAUCGACAUUGAAGAAACGACAAGGAGCAAUAUCCAAAUCAAUCCAAGUAAGAGUGUAUCUAUUCCGAUUGAACAUAAGUCGAAAGAGGUAACCCAUUCUGUACAUCAAGAGGUUAAGAAUAAUAAGGAAAAUAAGGGUGAAAAUGAGUUGAAUCCUAUCGCUAUAGAAACUGAUACUCAGGACAACAUAGGAAAACAUGAUGCAUGUAAUAACAGUACCAAGAUUAAUCAUAACAAUUCAGCAUCUAACAAGACUCAACUCCCUCAUGAUCUUACCAAGCUAACAUCCAACUUUGUUAAACACAACCCUCAGUAUAAACCAAAUAUCCAGAAUUCAAAUGACAAACCUCCCACAAAACCAAAACAGCUACCUUAG